AAUGGUAUAUUCCAUAAGGUAUGGACAUGGCAGUGCUGUAAGUGAGAGAUCAAGCUUGUGACAGCGGAGAAACUUGACUUUUUAAUAACACGUAUAUAUAUUUAUUAGAGCCUGAAGAAGAAGCCGUACGAUGUCCUUGAAGCCGCGGGUGGUGGACUUUGAUGAAACAUGGAGCAAGCUACUGACGACAAUCAAGGCUGUGGUGAUGCUUGAUUAUGUGGAGAGGGCCACAUGGAACGACAGAUUUUCUGACAUCUAUGCCUUGUGUGUUGCAUACCCAGAGCCUUUGGGUGAAAGGUUGUACACAGAGACCAAGGUAUUCCUGGAGAACCAUGUCAGACAGUUGUACAAGAAAGUUCUGGAGUCUGAGGAGAAGGUUUUAGUGAUGUACCACAGAUACUGGGAGGAGUACAGCAAGGGAGCAGAUUACAUGGAUUGCUUGUACAGGUACCUCAACACACAGUUCAUCAAGAAGAACAAACUGACAGAGGCAGACUUGCAGUAUGGCUACGGAGGGGUUGACAUGAACGAACCACUUAUGGAGAUAGGAGAGCUAGCACUAGACAUGUGGAGGAAGCUGAUGAUCGAGCCACUGCAAGCUGUCCUGAUCCGGAUGCUGCUCAACGAAAUCAAAAAUGACCGGUGUGGCGAAGACCCAAAUCAGAAAGUAAUCCAUGGGGUUAUCAACUCCUUUGUUCAUGUUGAACAGUACAAGAAAAAGUUUCCUCUGAAGUUUUAUCAGGAAAUCUUCGAAGGGCCAUUUCUGACGAAAACGGGAGAGUAUUACAAACAGGAAGCUUCCAAUUUACUGCAAGAGUCCAACUGCUCACAGUAUAUGGAAAAGGUUUUAGGAAGGUUGAAAGAUGAGGAGGUGCGAUGUCGGAAGUACCUGCACCCCAGCUCAUACGCCAAAGUCAUCCAUGAAUGCCAGCAGAGGAUGGUGGCGGACCACCUGCAGUUUCUCCACGGAGAGUGUCAGAACAUCAUCCGCCAGGAGAAGAGAGACGGUCAGUCUGGUUACAGGAGUGACGACAUGGCUAACAUGUACACCCUGCUGAGAGCCGUGUCCAGCGGCUUACCCCACAUGAUCCAGGAGCUCCAGAUCCAUAUCCACGACGAGGGCCUCCGAGCCACCAGUAACCUCUCUCAGGAAAACAUGCCAACCCUGUUUGUGGAGUCCGUGUUAGAGGUUCACAGUAAAUUUGUUCAGCUCAUUAACACAGUCCUGAAUGGGGAUCAGCACUUCAUGAGCGCACUUGAUAAGGCUUUGACUUCAGUGGUUAACUACAGGGAGCCCAAAUCCAUCUGCAAAGCACCUGAACUGCUCGCUAAGUAUUGUGACAAUCUGCUCAAGAAGUCUGCAAAGGGAAUGACAGAGAACGAGGUGGAGGACAAGCUGACUAGCUUCAUCACCGUGUUCAAGUACAUAGACGACAAGGACGUUUUUCAAAAGUUUUAUGCAAGAAUGUUAGCAAAGAGAUUAAUACACGGGCUGUCCUUGUCCAUGGACUCAGAGGAAGCCAUGAUCAACAAACUAAAGCAAGCAUGCGGCUACGAGUUCACGAGCAAGCUCCACAGAAUGUACACAGACAUGAGCGUCAGCGCAGACCUGAACAACAAAUUCAACAACUUCAUCAAGACCCAGGAGUCACCGGUUGACCUGGGAAUCAGCUUCCAGAUCUAUGUAUUACAGGCAGGAGCCUGGCCCCUCACACACAUCUCUUCCUCCACCUUUGCCAUCCCACAGGAGCUGGAGAAGAGUGUACAGAUGUUUGAGAUGUUCUAUAAUCAGCACUUCAGUGGGAGGAAGUUGACUUGGCUGCACUAUCUCUGCACAGGUGAGGUGAAGAUGAACUAUCUCUCCAAGCCCUAUGUUGCCAUGGUGACCACCUACCAGAUGGCGGUGCUGCUGGCCUUCAACAACAGUGAGACGGUGGGCUACAAGGAGCUCCAAGACUCCACCCAGAUGAACGAGAAGGAGCUUCAGAAGACCAUCAAGUCCCUGCUGGACGUCAAGAUGCUUAACCACGACUCUCAAAAGGAGGAAAUCGAUGCUGAGUCCACGUUUUCACUAAAUAUGAGUUUCACCAGUAAAAGAACAAAGUUCAAGAUCACAACGUCAAUGCAGAAAGACACACCACAGGAGAUGGAGCAGACGAGGAGUGCAGUGGACGAGGACCGCAAAAUGUAUUUACAAGCUGCUAUAGUGAGAAUCAUGAAGGCACGCAAAGUGCUCAGACACAACGCACUCAUACAGGAGGUCAUCAACCAGUCCAAAGCCAGAUUUAACCCCAGUAUCAGCAUGAUCAAGAAGUGCAUCGAGGUGCUCAUUGACAAGCAGUACAUUGAGCGGAGCCAGAGCUCUGCAGACGAGUACAGCUAUGUGGCAUAAUGGAGGAAUAAUGGCAUAUUAGGCCCCCUACCCCAACCUAACCGCAGGUUAAGCAAAGAACGACAGAGACCAUUCUUCUUCAUAUAUUUUCGGGCUGUUGCUGUCUCGCGUGCUCCCGUAGGGAGGGAGGGAUGAAGCAGGACUAUGUGCCUCCAUCUUGGAAACAAACAAAACAAGUCACCCCAGACAGCCACCGAAACACGACACCUUCUGACCCCCCCCUUUCUGAUUUUAUGCUGUUUACAUCACCAGUGCCACGCACCGUUGCGUCAAUGAAAAUGCCUAUAGCUAUCCGUGUGCAAAGCUGAUAAUACAUUUUUUGUUGACUUAACCGAAAACAAAGAAGAAUGGAAAAAGAACGAGUGAGCUGUGACAUUGACGGAAAUGUUGGAGACUAGACGUGGAAAACCAUGCUUUCUUUUCUCACAUUUGCAGGUUUCUUUUUUUAUGUAUCGAAGUUAGAAAACAAUAUUGUAAUAAAACCGGUAUACUGAUAAUUGUAUCUACUUUCAAAUGUAAAGAACAAACAAAUUGAGGUGACAAACAUGGUCCUGCUGCUUGUCAAAUAAAUAAAUAAAAACACUGAGGGAUUUUGGGAAA